AACAACAACAAUUUCUCUUCCAUUCCCUCCGAUUUCUUUCUCGGAAUGGCAUCUCUUCAAGGUGUUUAUCUCGAUUACAACCCCUAUUCGCCGUGGCGAAUCCCGAAAAGUCUCCAAAACGCCUCAGCUCUCCAGGUUUUCUCUACCAGUGCGGCCAAUAUAAUCGGAAACAUUCCCGAAUUCUUUGGCGGGUUUGUGAAUCUGGGUUCCUUGCAUUUGGCAUUCAACAAUCUCGAGGGUGGAUUACCGGGAAGCUUUUCGGGUUCGUCGAUUCAGUCUCUGUGGUUGAAUGGGCAACGGGGUAUUAGUUCUAAGCUCAAUGGCUCAAUUGGGGUGAUACAGAACAUGACCCAAUUGAACCAAGUGUGGUUACAUUCCAAUUCUUUUUCAGGUCCUUUACCGGAACUUUCAGGGCUAACUGGGUUGCAGAAUUUCAGUGUUAGGGACAAUCGGAUCACGAGUUUAGUACCCGUGUCUCUUGUGAACCUUCCAUCGCUUAAAGUUGUGAAUUUGACAAACAAUCUGUUACAAGGCCCGACCCCAAAAUUUCAUUCUUUGGUUGCAGUUGAUAUGACAAUUGGGACUAAUAGUUUCUGCUUAUCUGAUCCUGGUGUUGGUUGCGAUUCCCGGGUUAAUACAUUGCUUACGAUUGCACAAUCUGUUGGUUAUCCAACGGUGUUUGCGGAUAGUUGGAAAGGGAAUGAUCCUUGUGUCCAAUGGAUGGGUCUCACUUGUUCUAAUGGAGACAUUACUGUUGUCAAUUUUCAGAAAAUGGGUCUUAGUGGGAAUCCUGAUAUUGGGAAUGAUAGUGUUAGUCCAUUGCCGGGUACGCCCUCAGUUAGUGGAACAAAGACUUCAAGAAGUAGUGGCAAUAAGUCGACUGGUGUGGUUGUGGGUUUGGUAAUUAGUUGUAUUUGUGCAGUAUUGGCUGUUGGGGUUAGUGUGUUCUGCAUUUGUAGGGCUAAACAAAAGCAUUCUUGUAGGGUGCAGAGUCCAAAUGCCAUGGUGGUUCGUCCUCAUCAUUCAGGUUCAGACCAUGAUGCUGUUAAGAUUACCAUUGCUGAUUUGGGUUUGACUGGUGGGACAACGGGUGAAACAUACAGUCAUGACAGUCGUGGACCUAGUGAUAUUCAUGUUAUUGAAGCUAGAAAUAUGGUAAUCUCCAUUCAAGUUUUGAAGACUGUGACCAACAAUUUUAGCGAAGGGAACAUAUUGGGAAGAGGAGGAUUUGGAAAAGUUUACAAAGGAGAGUUGCAUGAUGGGACUAAGAUUGUGGUUAAGAGGAUGGAGUCUGGAGUGGUGAGUGACAAGGGUUUGGAUGAGUUCAAGUCUGAGAUUGCACUGCUUACUAAGGUUCGACAUAGGCAUUUGGUUUCUCUCUUGGGUUACUGCUUGGAUGGAAAUGAGAGGCUACUGGUUUAUGAAUACAUGCCUCAAGGGACUCUUAGUAGGCACCUGUUUCACUGGAAUAAGGAAGGGUUGAAACCCCUUGAUGUUUGA